AUACCGGCACUGCAGGUAGUCGGUCUUCAUACUUAGCAAAUCGACGGUAUGGAUAGUUGGGCAGUUACGCUGGUGUUCCCGUUGACGUAUCGGAUAUCGACUGGGUUGCUCAUGUUACGCCACAUGUUCGAUGUUCGAUGAAGCCAAUGGGAGAUGCAUAAUUCAGACGUCGAUGACAGAAAUAUGGAGGGAGAAACGAUGAACCUGACGACGGGCGUUAUUUAACUGUAUCGACUGGAUAUCUAUACAUGUGACGGGAACCGUACUCACUGCGCGUGAUCCGCGGCACAUCGACAUUCCCCCACGAGUGACUCCUGGGAUAAUGCGCUCAAUAAGCAGAUAGAUCAAACAAAACUCUUCGCAAAUUUCUUGAUCUACGACUCAUCAUCCAACUUGACAAUAAAAUUAAUCGGUGACUUUGAUCCGUUCAUCGGCAUUUACGGAAAGCAUAUUUACGUAAUCCAGCCAUCAUGCAUCCCAUUUCUGGGAAAGUACACGCACAAUGUACGAACAAAGACGAUGGGAAUCAAUGCCUGGAUCAUUUAUUGAACAUUAGCGCAUCCUUUCCGGCGUUAACUGCAUUUUUUGCAUUUAUUCCUGACCGGCUAAUCAUAUUCUGUCGUGUGUCGAAUGGGAUGCCGGCAAUGUGAAAAAAUGUAUUACAGCGUCGUUAUCCUUGGAUGCAGCCUGAUAGCCAUGCAUACAAUAUCCGCUGACCAGUGCGAAUUGCGCUUUGUCCUGCUAGCACCUACGGCCAUGAGUUCGCUGCUGGUCAGAGAAAUGGAACGCAGUCUGACGACCGUGCAGCGCCGGCCCAAUACACUCUACCAGUUGGUGGAUCUAUCGGCUAAUGUGUCGUCUGCGCCGCUCAGCGGAACAGGCGGGAGGGUAAUUGUAGACGAGCCGGAAGUUGGCCGGUUGGCCAGUUAUUACUAUGGAGUAGGAAAAAGUGCACCUUUUCUGGCACUUCCGCUGCUUAGCGAACCCAUGGCGGUGGAUGUGGCCGGCUUGGCCCGCGAAUGGCGAGUCCCUGUGAUAAGGAGUGUUUGGAGUAGUCGACGCAAUUUGCGCCUGCCACCAGAUGCCCUCGUGGUCAAUAGUGAAAUCGGAUACAUUGCCGACGUCGCUCAAGCCCUUCUUGCCUUCUUCCGACUGCACCUCUUCAGCAACGUUGCAAUAAUAUGUGACGCCCAGGAAAAGGACAUCUUCCUUCGACAAACCUGUGAUUAUUCCCUAUUAGUCUUCAGACAAGAGAAAUUCGAUGUGAUCUAUGUGGAAAUCCCGGAAAAUCAACGCGGAAAUGAUAGAUGUGGCGAUGCGCUUCAGAAAGCGAAAGUUGCUGCGCGCGCGUUUACUUUCGUAUUGCCGGAUGUGUUGUUAAAGUCAUGCUUGGAAAGUGCAGCACAAAUGGGCUUUUCGGAUGGAAGUUAUGUUUUUGUUGCGGUUAAAUCUCCGACAAUAAAAGAAUCCUUACUUGCGACAAAUACGCCAACAAAUACAUCGGCAAAUACGGGUUUAUCAACCGUGCCACCGCCAACAAACCUUUUUUCUCAAGUAUUCUUUGUUUAUUCCAAUUCGGCGGCACUGGACGACAUUACGGAGAUGUCACAAAAACUUGCCAAAAUUAAGAUCAAUCCAGCGCUGUUCUCACACCAAGAAAUACUAACAUUGGCGUCCGUUCAACGCACUAUGGAUUUAUUUUCUAAGGCUCUGGAGCAAGAACAGAGCCCAAAACAGUCCAUUAACCACAACACCUGGAACUGUUCCAUUCCUGCAUCCUAUGUUUUUCUUAUCCGCGGCAUGCAAAGUGCACUUUUGGCGUCCAGAAGGGCCGCAUCGAAAUCCCUGGUGACUUUCCAAAGAGUUGCCGCAGCCGACGCGGAUGCUUCAUUGGCGGUGUUUGCCGAAUUCGAUCCGAGUAGCGCGCAGGGACUGAAUGUGGUGAUGGACCGAGACACUUUUAUUGCAACAUGGCCGGGUGGUACUUUUCCGCCGCCUAACGUGCCCUUCUGUGGCUUCCGCAACGAUGCUGAUCAAUGCCAAGCAGCAGAUAAUACCAUUAUGGCCAUUAUUGCCGCGCCUUGUGUUCUGAUCAUCAUAGGCAUUGCUUACUUAUUGCACCAGCGGAAAAAAGAAGCCGGAGAAGAAACCAAGAAACCGGCUGUAGCGGCAGAAUCCAACCAAUUCGAGCAGCUGGACCCAUCCAAAUGGGAAAUCAAAGAAGAAGAAUUACGUCCGGCGAUUAACCAGACGAUGGCCAAAUCGCUAAGGGCGCUGUCACGCAUCUCCCUAAACGCCUCUGUCGUCGGCUCCACCGCAACGCAGAUACAAAAGAUGCAACCCGAAGUGCACAUCUUUAUGGGGCGUAAUGUAUGGGUCAAGUCCAGGGAAUUGUCGUACAGUUUUGUUCCGGAAGGCGAAACACUAAUCUAUAUUCAAAAGGCACGGCGUCUCAAUCACGCAAGUAUGGCGCAGUUUUUGGGUGUGGUGCUAUCAAGUGAUCCCUUGGUGUACGAAAUGAAAAUGGUUAUGGAAUACUAUCAACGAGGAAGCCUUCAAGAUCUCAUCGGACAGGAGGACAUGGAUUUUUCCUUUCCGCUGAAAGCCGUAUUUAUUCGUGACAUUGUUGCGGCGAUGACCUUUGUGCACAAUUCUUUUAUUGCCUGCCAUGGCUCACUAAAAAGCCCUAAUUGCUUAAUCAGUGAACGAUUUACAAUCAAGAUUACCGAUUAUGGAUUAAAUGUCUUUCCUGUUCAUCCACCAGCCGUUGAAGCCGAUGAAUAUCUGUACCAUGGGCUUCUGUGGACAGCACCGGAGAUUCUGCGAGGACCGAUCAUUCGUGUGCGCAAGGGAAGCAAAGAAGGGGAUGUGUACAGUUUUGCCAUUAUUUUGCAAGAAAUCCUCACCCAAACCGAGCCGUACUACGAUUUCCAGACGAAUUCUGCCUUAUUGCCAAAAGAAGUCGUCCACCUACUAAUUCAGAAAUCUGGAAAACCUCACCGUCCGGAAGUGCCAUCUGAUAAAUGCUCACCGGAAUUAAUGGCCGUAAUGCGCACAUGCUGGGCGGAAAAUCCCGCCGAACGUCCAACCUUCAAAGCGUUAGGCGCCACCCUGGACCGAACACCGGGAUUUGCUGGCAAGCAGACCUACCUCGACUACAUUCUGGGCAAAAUGGAGGAGUACAAUAACCAACUAGAGCACCGAGUGCGAGAAGCCACUUCCGGUUUGAUUGAGGAAAAAAAGAAAUCGGAGGAAAUUCUUGCCCAAAUGUUGCCUAAGGCCAUAUUGGAAAAGUUCAAGCGGGGAAUAAUUAUUGAGCCCGAGUCGUUCGACCAUGUUACGUUGGGGAUUACCGCGAUAAUAGAUUUCGCCAUGAUUGCCCACAACAGUACUCCGUACCAGAUAGUGGCCUUCCUCAACGAACUUUUUAUUAGAUUCGACGCAGUUAUAGAUCGUUUUGAUGUCUAUAAGGUUGAAACGAUUCAAGAUUCCUAUGUGAUUGCUAGCGGGCUUCCAGAUCGAAAUGGUCGCGCCCAUGCUUCUGAAAUCGGUACUACUUCGCUCGAUAUGUUGGAUACCGUUAAAACCAUUAAGAUCAAGCAUAUGGAGAAUCAUGAUGUGGAGAUGAAAGUGGGAAUUCAUACCGGCAUGCUGGCAGCCGGUGUGAUUGGUUUGAAAGCACCCAGAUACUGUUUAUUUGGAGAUACAAUCAAUACAGCAUCUAGGAUGUGCUCUACUGGCGAAGCUCAACGUGUACAAAUCAGUGAAUUCACAAAAUCCUUUCUGGAAGACUACGACAAAGAUAGGUUUAGCAUAGCCUUUCGCGGUGAAGCGGAAGUCAAGGGCAAAGGGAAGAUGCGGACAUUUUAUAUUGAUAAACCAGGAAGGUCAUAGCAAUAUAAACGUUUGUUGGUUCUAAAUUCUUUCUGUACAGAGAUUCAGAACAUUGCUUUACUGCUUGUUGAGAAAUUUUUUAUAACGC